UUAAAAAUUGGAUAGCUUAUUUUACAAACGACACAGCCCACCCACAUUCCUUUCGUAUUAGUAUAUUCUAAUUAAUUAAUUAUUAUAUAAUAUUGUCCAUUGGGAGGAGAUGAGGAAAAGGCCGCCUUUGAUCAAUGAGCUGCUAAUUCAAGGGAAAGAUUUCACUAACCAGCUUAAAGAGCAUCUUGAGAAACCAAUCCCAUCAUCAUCAGCUGCCGACGAUGAAACAAGAAGGUCAUUAUUAUUAUGUGAGCCGUCUCUGCUUGUUGACAAGAUACUUUCUUCCUAUGAGAAAGCGCUUUCACUGCUGCACCUCCAUAACAACAACAACAACAUAACUACAAUUAUAAGUAGUCAUCAACUUUCUCCUCCUUUUUCUUCUUCUUCUAAUUCCUCUGGUGCUCCUGGUCAUGAUGAAAUCCCCACGACUCAUCAUCAUCAUAAUAUCAAUCCCAGCUGCAACACAAAUAUCUUUAAAAAAAGGAAAACAAAGGGAAUUAGUAAAUAUGGGAGUGAACAAGUAGUGAUGAAGAAGAAAGUUUGUACAGCGGAAGGAGGUGAUGGAUAUAGUUGGAGAAAAUAUGGUCAGAAGGAUAUCUUAGGUGCUCAUCACCCAAGGGCAUAUUAUAGAUGCACUCAUCGAAACGUUCAAGGAUGUUUGGCAACAAAGCAAAUACAAAGAUCGGAUGAAGAUGCAUCGGUUUUUGAAGUAACUUAUAAGGGUAGGCACACUUGCCUCACUCAACCAUCUAAAGCAUUAUUAUCGGAGAAAAAUUUAAAUCAGCAAGAAGAAGAAGACGACUCAAAACCGACACAUAAAAUGUUUAUAGAACGUGUUUUUAGCUUCAAAGCUAAUAAUAAAAGUGAGGAGAAAGGACUCGUUCCUAAUAAUUCUUUUUCGUUUGCCUCAACACCAAUUGAAACCGAAAAACUAGAAAAGCUUUUCCAUUUAGGAUGUGAUCCAGUUACUUUUCACUACGACGUCAAUUUGCAGAAUUUGGAUUCUGAUGUUAGUGCUGAGAUGAUGAAGUCAACACCAAUUAAUUCAUCAACAAAUUCGCCUUUGGUGGUGGAUUGGGAGUUUUCUCUUGAUCGAGAAGAUUUUGAUGGUAACUUUUAUUUUGCGACGGAAAUGUUCACUUAAUUAUAAUUAAAAACCUACCUUAUUAGACUAGUAUUAGUUAAUUGUUGUUACUUUUGCAUUCCCCUCGAUCGGGCUAAUAUAUAGUAACAAACCCGAAAAAGCAAAUUGAUGAUAAUAUGUUCAGUGUAAGUGAUGCACUCUACUAUCUUCCUUUUUUUUUUCUUUCUAUUUCCUUUGAGUGUAUAUUAUUUUCCAAGAUAAUAAUAAUGUUGUAAAUUGUA